AUGACGAUUCUGCCAGUGAAAAAGAAGCGAGAGAAGAGGGCGAUAUCACCAUCCGCGCAAGGAUUAGCACCACAUCCACCACCAUCGAUCAGCAGUCCACUCGCAUCGCCUCGUCUGAAUCUCCCGACGACGUCAUCUGAAAAUGUGGAGAAUUCUGGGAAUCACGUCGACUACAACUCAGAUGACGAGUAUCGAGAGGAGAAUGUGCAUAACGAUGCGUUGGAACGUGAAUUCUCGGAUCGUCUGGCGCGCCGCGGGCUCGUCAUCAAAGAGAUGGUCGGCGACGGCGCGUGUAUGUUCCGAGCGAUCGCCGAACAAAUUUACGGAGAUCAAGAAAUGCACGGACAGAUUCGGACACUCUGUAUGGAUUAUAUGCUGAAAAAUCGAGAGCAUUUCAAGGAAUUCAUUACGGAAGACUACGAAAACUACAUUCGACGAAAGCGGGAGGAUCAUAUUCAUGGAAAUCAUGUCGAGUUGCAGGCGAUAUCGGAGAUGUUCGCUCGGCCGGUGGAGGUCUAUCAGUAUAGUGAUGAACCCAUCAGCGUUCUCCUCCCACGUCCAGAGCCGGGAGCAUCUGGAGCAUCAGGAGGGAAUUCUGUAGAAGCCGGCACGUCUUCAUCGUCGUCCUCGGCCCCGCCUCCCCAACAACAACAAAUCCAACAGAAUCCCCCACUCCGAUUGAGUUAUCAUCGUGCUGUUCACUAUAAUGCUAUCCUCGCCCCACACAUCGCGACGAUCGGCGUCGGUCUCGGACUCCCCGGAAUGAUUCCCGGCGCGGCGGACAAAGAUUUGAUGACAAAAGCAAUGGCGACGUCAGAAUUGGAGCAUUUGGAGGAGACGAUGCUCCAAGAUAAAAUCGAUAUGACAGAUUAUCAACGGACUCAGGCGGAUCUAGAAGAUCAAAUCGCCCGCGAGUCACUUAUGUCGUAUUUGAAGGAUUUGGAGAGGGAUUCUGGAGCACCACUGGAUUCUGGAGCACUCGACGAUGGUCCGUCGACGUCUUCUGCUGUGGCGACGUCUUCUGGAGCCGCCGCUGCUGGUGGUGGUGCAUCGGGCCUCUAUGAGGAGUUGUUGGCGGCGCAGAGCUUGGUUUCCGAAUGGGACACCUACACAGACGACGUCGCGAUCGCCGAAGCUCUGCUCCUCAGUCAACAGGACUAUUUGAGCGCCGCCGCCGGCCCGUCUCGUCAGAAUUUUCCAGAUGGAGGACCAUCGAGCAGCAAUCAAUAA